GAAAAACCUAUAGACACAUCAUUCUAUUUGCAAGAUUCAAAGCGGUUAGAGCUCAGUUCGUAUUAUAAACUAAAAAAAAAACAUAUAUAUUUCUUAAAAUCAACAUCCCAACAAUGCCAAUGUCUCAGGGGGACGGCAGCUUCCUUGCCACCGGCGAUCUGGUCAAGAACGACUCCAACUCGCAGCAAUCGAUGGAGGGAGGAGGAGGAGCAGCACCCAGUGCCUUUGCCGCCUGCCAGAAGCCGCGUCCGGAUGCCAAUUCCCUGCCGGUGCGCCAAUAUCUUGACCAGACAGUGGCCCCCAUUUUGCUCCACGGACUGCAGGCUUUGGCCCGAGAUCGACCCAGUGAUCCCGUGAGCUAUCUGGCCACCUAUCUACUGAAGAACAAGAACCGCUGCGAUGAGGUCAAAAUGGAUGAGAACUAAAAACUAAUCAACCCUUUAUUUUAUUUAUGCCGAUUUUUUCUUUUAAACACUUAAAAUUUGUCUUGUACACAACUUAUCGCUGAUUAAAAGCUGGCUAAAAAAUCCUAACUUACCAGCCACGAUUUCAUGG